UUUAUGUUACCGGUACACUUUUUAAAAAGUGUACCGGUAUGUUAAUUCUACCAAACAGUGCUAUCAUCCCUCACAAAUCAUCUGAAGGGCAUGUGAUAAAAACCGGCUAUGUGAAAUUGUCAACCUUCUCUCAGAGUGCUGCAGAAGACAUGCAGAAUGCUAUUCAGGAAAUGAAAAAUCAAGGAGUACACUCAUACAUACUUGAUCUACGGAACAAUCCCGGGGGUUUGGUAAAAGCAGGCCUUGAUGUUGCUCAGAUGUGGUUAGAUGGAGACGAGACUCUUGUAAAUACGAUUGAUAGAGAUGGGAAUAUGUCACCUAUUAAUAUGAUCAAUGGACAUGCUAUAACACAUGAUCCACUUGUAGUGAUUGUCAAUGAGGGAAGUGCAAGUGCCAGUGAAAUUUUAGCUGGGGCAUUACGUUUGAAAAUUUCCAAAAAUCUGAGAUUGGCGUAA